UUUGAAAUGUUGUUUAUACUUGGUAAAUGAUCGGUUAUGUUUAAGACCGCCAUGACACGUAGAUUACCUGACCACUUGUUGGUCAGUCUGGCUUUACUGAUGACCUACUUUUGACCGUUGCUUGACCUAGGCCAAAUUGACAAGAGUUUGAGAGGGCAAGACCCGCUAUAUUGUUGAUAUCAGACUAAGUAAAUACUCUAAUAUUGUAAUUAAAACACUGAUAAAGCCUAUGGGGUUAAUGACAGAUAAGGUUAAUCUUUAGAAAAAACGGCAUUUGUUGGAAAAAAAAUUUCACUGACCACAUAUACGUGGUUUUCCGGGUAGCCAUGUUUAUUACUGACCAUGUUAUGUAUGCGUUUGUGUAUCGUAAUGGCGUUUGUAAUUGAGAUCAAAAUUAAUAUUUUGUCAGUCGUUAGAUAAUAACGGGAAGGGUCUUAUCUUCAAUUUUACGUCACCUCCGUGACGCUUCUUUCUAUUUUCACCAUUCUUUAGCGAUUUUAUGCUGACGAUUUACGGGGAAUGAAAAAGAUUCCACGCAUUGAUGAUUUUUGCUUACACAAACACAAAUAUUAUGCAUUGCAUAUGUUGUCGGAGGAAUUACUGAAAGAUUUGAAAAUGGUUCCAAAUCUUUACUUAGUCGCUUAUUAUCAUUUUUUUCUGAUUUAGAGACUGUACAAAUUGUGACAUACGGUCGGUAACGGUGGUGUCCGUGUAUUGGGUAGAUAUUGAUCACCUGGUCAGAAAGUGAGACAUGGUUACGUAAUCGUGUCUGGUCGUCUAGCGAAAAUGGACAAUAAAACACGUUAUGUGUUACGUAAUGUUUACGUUACCAGACAUAACGUUACAAUUUAACUGGUAAAAAAUUAACGGAAUUUUAGACUUAGUUAAAAAAUAUGGGUCAUACAGAAAAAGUCAUUUGGUGUACAGGAAUUACACUAGUAUCGGAAAACAGGGUUUAUUGACCACGGGAAUUUAUAAUGCUUUUGAGGCGCAGUAAGGGGAAUUUAGAUACAUGUACACAUUUUCGUUUCGUUAUGGAAAGAUGCAUAAGUAAGAAUAAUUAGUGUAACAUACUUUACAGCUUUUAGAGGUGAUCCAGUGCAAAUAAAACUUAUUAGUUGUAUUAGGUUAAAAAAAAUACUGUAUACAAAAAGAAAUAUUGUAAAUAUAGACAUAAUAGGAGAAAAUGGCAGAGAAAUAUUAUUAUUUAAAAUCGUAUAAUUUCUUGAACCAAAUGACCUAUUCUGACGAAAAAUAUAUAUUAACAGCGUUUUCUUUUAUAUUACCCAGAUGUGUUUCUUGACUUUAAAAAAUAAAGUAUAAAACAAUGUUUAUAGAGGGAGGAAAUUUCUUUGAUAUGUUGAUGUCUGAGGGUAGGACACCCCCACUGCAAGAUCCAGGCGGACUUCAUAGUUACAAGACACUGUCCCCUACGUUACAAGAUACUGGAGGUCUUCAUGUAUAUAGCUUGAAUGGUGGAGCGCACAAGAUGGCAGAAAUAGUGCCGCAAUCUUCUGUUGCCAUGGGAAUGACAAGUCAGGCUGGUUCUGAAUUAGGUCUGUAUCCUGGUUCCCCUCUUUCUUCAAGUUAUCAGAUGGACGGCAGUGAUAUGCAAAAUGUGCCCUUUAUUGAAGUGGAGCCAUUGAGUUUCAAUGAACAAGGUAGAAUGUAUGAAGAGUUGAAAAGGCCAUCCCCACCACAGGUUCAGUAUUUUGGAAAUCUUGAGAAUAUCCAUAAUUCAAAUAAUAUGUACAACCAUAGUUCAAACAGUUUUACAUCUGUAGCAGAUAUGUUCAAAUCUGAACGGGACAGUUUAGGUGGUUAUGUUGAACUGCUUGGUAACUCGGAGUCUCUAAUGAAUAUAAAGAGAGAAAAACCUGAUUACAAUGAGCACAUGGUAAUGGGAAGUAACCAGCAACAGGAAAUGGCAUAUCCUCCAAAUACUUGUGUAAGUGACUGGAACUACUAUAAUUCAAUCUCAAAUGACAGUGGUUUUCAAGAUGCAACCAGUAUUAAUCAGAGUCAAUAUGGUGCCUUUAAUGUUCAAGCAGGACCCUCUUAUGGUGGAAUGGUUAACAACCCACAGCUGUUACCUCAGCUCCAAUCUAACAUAGAUAUACAUAACCAGUCUAAGAAAAUUACCCAGAAUAUCAUUGGAACAGAAUGGAGUCAAGACAACUUGUUUAAAUCUAGGUUGUAUUCCAAUUUUGAUGUACAGAGUAAUGGGAGGAAAAGAAAAAAUGAUUCUGAAAGGGCUACAAAUAAAAGUGUUAAAUCAAGAAGGAAAAAAUCCAAUGAGUUGGGGGGACAUUCAAAAACUGUUGCAUCCAUACUAAUGUCAGACAACACAACAAAUUACAUCAAGUCAGAAAAUACCACCAUAGAUUCUAACAUACUAGAUAGCAGUGAAAGAAAUGAGCUUGUUACUAAACUGAUGAAUAACUUGCGAACAACUGUCCAGUUUGAAUCUUUUUGCCUUUCUUUCCCACGUAAUGAUGUGAAAGAAAAUGCCUUCAGAUGUAAGGUUCUCGACACAGCUAACCUGAUCGACUCACUUGCUAAUAAAAGUAUCUGCUCUGCACCUUUUCCUGCCAGCUUUGUAAUGGGGGCAUCAAAAUGUUUACUGAAUUUCAACAAUGCGUUGAGGAACUCGAGAAACAAGAUUACCAAUGAGGAAGAGAGCUCUGCUGUCGACAGCAAAAAUCGAAGCGUAGAACAAGUAGAAGAGCAUCUUCCACACAGUAUGGUCUGGGUCAUUAAGACAGGGGACAAAUCAUUAAUGGCAAAUUGGGAAGGUCAGUUUGUUGGAGCAGUAAACCCUAUUCAAAAUGUAUUGUCACUUACUGUGUUUCAAUAUAUGCCAAGCUUCAGCGGUGAAGGAAUCAAAUGUUUGCAACAAGCAAAACUGUCGAAAGAUCUUGCCAAUGAUAUUCUUGAAAAUAUGGAACAGUUUGAAGUAUCUAGACAACUCAGAUGCGACAUCAGUUUAAAAGAUAUUGCCAAGCUGUAUUUGUACAAACAAAAUGGUGACGAAAAUGAAGGAUGUCUUAUUAUUGAGGGUAAAGAAAAAGCACGAUUUUUUCAAAGAUGGCUUCACACAAGUGCAGAUGAUAAAAAUAGAUGGAGAGAGAGAACAAACUUCUUAUCUAAGAUGUGUAGCGGAACAAAUAUAUUUUGGAUAGGAGGUUUGGUGUCUGAGCUAAAUGAGCUUGUAGCCAUGAUGUUGGCAAGUUGCCCAGAGCUUGAACCAAUUUACAAAGCUGGUGUUAAUCAUCCUCUUGAAAUUUACCAAGGUUUAUCACAAAUGAAUGGCAUAGAUGUUGAAGAAAAUGGAAGUGAGAAUAGUGACAUAAACAAAUUAACUAUAUACAGAUCUCAGAGACAGAGACGGCCAGGUAGAAAGUUAGGAAGCAAUGUAAUUAAGUUAAGGGCGGAGAUAACAGAGGUAUUGAAAAGCCAUAUAAUUAUUAAAGCAAAUGCCGCAAAUAUAAACUCAAAUGCAGCAGAAGGCAAAGAAGAAAGUAGUGCAGAUAGUUUAGGAAUUUAUUUAGAUGAAAAUUUAUGUUGCUGUUUUAGAGACUAUAUUAAUUUUUCCUGUGAUAGUGCUGUAGAGUUAAAUUCUAUCCUGCAGCAAAAAGUUCAUCCACGCAAUUAUGGAUACUAUGAAAAUGACUUUGAUUUGUCAUUAGUUCCAGAUGGCAACAUUGAUAACAUCAGUGUAGGUGAACUUAUAUCAAGUAGAUGUAGUGAGGUAGUUUAUUAUUCGUUUUGUGCAAAAGAUAUUGGCCAACUUGGCUAUGAGCGUCACUGCAGUGCCUGUAGAAAGUGUCGAACAAUGCGAUUUUGGCACUGCUAUGCUUGUGACAGAUGUUCAGAAAGUAGACUGGUUUGUGAAUUCUGCGGCCAUUUAAGAGAUGACCAGUCAAGGUGUGUGGUCAAACCACUGUCAGUGUUCAAAUCACAAGUUGCUAAGGGAACAUUGACUCUAGACAAUGUAAAGAAAGAAUGGUUGGCAUCCUUGAAUUGUCCCCUUGAUGAUGUCAUCACUUUAGCCCCUCUCACUUUGGAUAUGAAUAUAACAGAAAGGAUGGAAUACAAUUCUUCAAAUGCCAUGAUUGAUCAGCUUGGGCUUUUAAAUCCUGUGGGGUUCCUACUUGGACAACCAACUUCUGGAGCCUCAAGAAAACACAGGCGUUACAAAGUUGGUCAGUCACCUGACAAGUUACCUCAUAGCAAGGCAGGAGGGUCAUUGACAGGGUCAGGUUGCUCUGUGCAGUAAAGGGGGAAUAUUUGGCACAAAAUGUAUCCACUUUUUAGCUCAUCUGUCACAAAGUGACAUGGUGAGCUUUUCUGAUCGCUUUUCAUCCGGCGUCCGUCCAUCAGGCGUCCGUCCAUCUGUAAACUUUUACUUUAAACAACAUCUCCUCAUAAACCGCUAAGCCAAUUUCAUCCCAACUUCACUGGAAUGUUCCUUUGGUAGUCAACUUUAAAAAUUGUUCAAAGAAUUUAAUUCCAAGCAGAACUCUGGUUGCCAUGGCAACAAAAGAAAAAACUUGAAAUAUCUUUGUUUAGAAAACCGAAAAAAUGCUAGAGAAACAUCAUCUAGUCAGUGUCUACCAAGUUUGUUCAAAUAAAUGCCCUGGGGUCAAAAUUGGCUCUGCCCGGGGGGAAGGGGGUCAUUGAUUUUCCUUAUUUGUAUGUAGUAAAAACUUUAAAAAAUCUUCUUUUAAAAAAUCUAAAUAGCUAGAGCUUAGCUAUUAAGCAUGAAACAUCUUCUAUUGGAGGUGUACCAAGUUUGUUCAAAUAAAAGCCCUGGGGUCAAAAUUGGCCCUGUCCCAGGGGGUCAUUGUUUUUCCUUUUAUGUAAAAAAGUAAAAACUUAAAAAAUCUUCUUUAAAAAAAAACCUUUACAGCUAGAGCUAAGAUAUUUAGCAUGAAACAUCUUCUAAUUGGUGUCUACCAUUUUUGUUCAAAUAAGGGCCCUUGGGUUAAAGUUGGCCCCACCCCGGGAAUCAUUGAUUUUCCUUAUAUGUAUAUAGUAAAAACUUAAAAAAUCUUCUGUUAAAAAACCCAAAGAGCUAGAGUUUAGAUAUUAAACAUGAAUUAUCUUCUAGUGAGUGUCUACCAAGUUUGUUCAAAUAAAAGCCCCUGGCUUAAAAUUGGCCCCGCCCCAGGGGCCUAUAUACAGGUGAGGGAUUUCAGGGCUGUCAUGGCCCUCUUGUUUCAUUUAAGCCUCUCAUAUGGAAUGUUUUAUUAAGAGGGCUGCUUUAGUUACUACAAAUUCUAAUCUUUUCACUUAACCCUUAGCCUACUGGAACCAGAAGUGAUUAAAAUAUCUUUUGCCACCAGUAUAGAGCCAGACCAUCCUCUAAACAUUGUAUGAACUCUUCCAAAUUCAAAGCAGGGCAAGUCAUUUAAUUCAGCAGGUUAAGGGUUGAAAUUUUCUUACGUAAGAAAAGGAAAAAUAUAUUGAAACGUAAAUAUAUCAUAUGAUUCCCAGUAUUAAAAAGAAAAGUUUGUUUUAGCAUUGUUUAGUUUAUAAAUAUGUCCACAUACUUCUGUGCUAUACUAGUGGAUUAAAACAAGUUGGAAACUAAUAAUUUCUUAUGUCAAGAAAAUCAACUUUCUUGAAAUUACAGAAAGCUUGCGUCAGACUAUACAAAUAACAUAUGACAUACUUUUAAGUCAUUUGAAAUACAGUAUACACUGAUACACACUUCCUUACUGCCAUUGUUUCAUUAUUUUUUUCUUAAAAUUUUGAGGAUGAUUAAUUUCUUGUUGUGCCCAACUUUCAUAGUGAAAAAUGAGUUGAGUUUCAAUAGUGUGCUGUUAAUUAUUAGAUUUAGAUACAUGUACAUGUAUUUUUCAAGAAAAAUUAUGCUAACAGUGGUAAUUGCGAAGUGUGAACUGGUAGAUCUGUAUAGUUUUUGAUAAUCAGUAGAUAAUUAUUUGCUCUAUGUUUAGUUGAUGUUGAAGUGCUAUUUACACAUGGAUAAUUUUUAUGAGAUUAAGACUCCCGGUAGAAUUACAAUGGUAUUAUAAUCUAAUAUUUUAUUUCUAAAACAUUAUAUAUAAUUUUCUAGAAAGUGUGAAUGUGUUAUAUUUGUGUUUAUGAAUUCUUUUGUGAAAUGAUUGAAUUGAAAUGUUCAUGUCAUGAUAUUCCUCAAUUUUCGUCACUGAAAUGCAUUGUAGUUAAAUAUCAUUGCAUGAAAUUAGUAGUAUUUCAGUAUCAAAACAACUUAGUAUAUAGCUAUAAUGUACUGAAAUGUUUGGGUUUUUUUAUAAAUUUUAUUAAAGGUAAAAUAAUAUUUCCAUUACUUUAUGGUCAAUUUAAUUAUUCACUGAAUGAUAGAAUGUCGCUGACAUUUAUCACACUUUAAUAUCAUAUGUAUCAGAAUAAAAUGUUGGAGGACAAAAUUAUUAUACUGCUGUUUUAAGAUUUUUAACCGAUUAGCAAUGAUUUAGUGUGUCAAAAUAUACAAAAAUAUUUCUUUCAUACAGGUAUUUUUGAAUUUUGCCAGUAAUUUUGUAAUUACAGGCAGCAGAUGUAUAGCUUUAUAAAGUUUAACCUUGACUUUUAAUCUGCAAAAAAUCCUAUCAUAUCAUGAAGUGUCAAGGUCAUAACCUUUGGAUAGAAUUAAAUUUUUUUUUUAGAAAUACAAAAAACAGGGAAAGGAGUAUCAGAAGUCUUUGAAAAAUCAAUUAGUUAUAAAGUUCAAAGGUGAUGUGGUAAUACAUGUAUAACCUUUUUUGUUUAAAUGUUAAGAAAUUUGUUAGUUAAGUUUUUGUUUUGUUGAGAUUACAAUGUGUGCUAUAGAUAUUGUCAUAUAUUGACAAUGUAAUCAUUUUCUGCCAUGUUAUAGAUGGAUUAUCUAGAACAGGUAAACCUUGUGCUCAAGUCCACAUCUAAAAUAUACCACUGUCAAAAAACACUGCCGCUAAAUGCCAAAUGUAUUUUUAACUGAAUUGGCAGACUAGUGGUCAAGGUGUUUCCCCAAACAACGGAUCCUAGGUUUGUGCCUUACUCAGGUCAUGACUAUGAUUGUAUACGUUGGUGUUUAUUAGUUAGUAUUUACAAAAUUAAAUUGGUCAAUAACUGCACCAAUUUAGUGUUUGAAAUUAUUUUAUAACAAGACUGAUUAAAUACCAAAAUAAAUGUUAUGAUUUAUUUGUAAUACUGCAAUUCUACUGGACAAGAAAUGAUUUCAAACACUAUGUUUCAUUAUAUGACACCAGUACUGGUUAAUUCCAGGAAUCAGAAUAAAAAAUGAUUAAAAUCAGUUUCACAAUAAAGUUUGAAUAUGUACAUACUAAUAUAUUUUUUUCCUAGAAAAAAAAAUUGUGGUGAAAUUACCAAAACCAUCAAUUAUAAAAAAAUCUUUGUUAUCAUCUAACAAAUAGUAUUCAUGUAAAAGUUUGACUGUAUUUUUGUAUAAUUUAUGAAUACCAUACAUAUUCUGCUUUAUAUAGUAUGAUUCAAGCUAAAUACAUACUUAUUAGUUUGUAUUGUAAUGCAUGUACAGAACAAAACAAAGACUAAAAUAAAAUUAAUAGGAUCUGUUGUAAAGUUGUGCCUUUUGUGAUUUAUAUCAUGGUAUAAUUUAUUCAAUAAAGACAGUAAAUUGUAGAUAAUUUUAUUGGCUUAUUUAAGAAUGAGUGAAAGAUUAUAUGUUGCAGGGAUGAAUAUGUGAAGCAUCUCCAAAUAUUAUGUUAAUAUGUUAGAAAUGUGCAUUUUGCUCACAAAAUGUUUAAGUAUUGGUAUGAAAUAAGUGUUAUAAUGACUUGAAUUGCAUUUAAUUAAGAUCAAUAUAAAAACUAUUAAAGAAAGAAAAAAAAUCCUAUUCAAAGUUGUCAGAACCUUGAGUAAAAUAUUGUGUAUAAUAAUACUUUGAAUGGUAUUCUUUUGUUUAUUAAGAUUUUUUAACAUGUUAUAUCAUAUAUUGCCCAGUAUAAACGGUUGUAAACUUAUAUAACCCAAGCCACUAGGUGAUGGUAAUAUAACACACAACAAUUUAUGCACAGCCAUAUAAACUGGCAAAAGUCUUCAUAACAGAUUCAU